CUGCAAAUAAGGGCUGACCACCAGAGGCACAUCCCACCUCUGACUUGUAAUCGCUGACAUUUAGGCUACAGCUUCCAACCUGUUUACAACCAAAGGGGGAGGGAAAGGAAAGGAAAGGAAGGGCGGGGGGACAAGUUGGGAUUUCUCCUUCUCUCUUUCUCUCGGUUUUGUUUUUUUUUUAAUACUGUUCUGGAGAAUUCAAAGCAAAACAAAGAAACUUCCUCCUCUGGGGUUGUCAGUGAGAAAAGGACGAGUUGUGCAACUGGUUUGGGAUUUGCAAAAAGGCAAGAGGGUGGGAAUCAGAAGAAGGUGCAAAGCCACAAAGUACCUUUCUGCAUCUAAGAUGGUGAAGAAAGGAGUGAGGAAGAGAACAAAAUAACUACUGGAAAGUCUCAAACCAGGUUGGGGAGUGUGUGUGCAUGUGGGGGGGUGGGGAAGGGAAAAAGAAAAGAGGAUUAACCGCAGCAACCCCCCCACCCAAAAAAAAAAAAAAAACCAAAACAAAAACAACAAACCAAACCAAAAAUCCAAACCAACAACCAACAGCUCUUUUUUUCUGAGGGAGGACUCGAAGGAUUAAAAGGCAGCAACUUCUGAGGCGAUUUGUCCCCUGAGUUAUGGAUGUUGGUGCACUUACUUCAGGCCAGAUCAGAGCUCAGAGGAAUCUAACCAGAAGCAGCAACCACCGUCUCUCCACUUGCCUUUUACCAGGUUUUACCCUUCCAGUAUGUUUCAUUUGAUAAGACAUUUUCCAGCGCCCAGAGUUUCAGUACAAUGUGCAAAUGGAUACUGACAAAUGGUGCCUCAGCCUUUUCCCACCUGCCUUGUUGCUGCUUGCUGCUGCUCUUCUUGGUGUCUUCUGUGCCUGUCACCUGCCAUGACCUCGGCCAGGACAUGCUGUCCCCGGAGGCCACCAACUCCUCUUCUUCAUCAUCCUCCUCCUUCCCCUCGUCCUUCUCCUCUCCUUCCAGUGCGGGGAGACACGUGCGGAGCUACAAUCACCUCCAAGGAGACGUGCGCAAGAGGAAGCUCUAUUCUUACAACAAGUACUUUCUCAAGAUCGAGAAGAACGGCAAGGUCAGCGGCACCAAGAAGGAGAACUGCCCGUUCAGCAUAUUGGAGAUAACAUCUGUAGAAAUUGGAGUUGUGGCAGUUAAGUCUAUUAAGAGCAACUACUAUUUAGCCAUGAACAAAAAAGGAAAAGUCUACGGCUCUAAGGAGUUUAAUAGCGAUUGCAAAUUGAAGGAAAGAAUAGAAGAAAAUGGAUAUAACACAUACGCGUCCUUAAAUUGGAAGCACAAUGGAAGGCAAAUGUUUGUGGCCCUGAAUGGGAGGGGAACCACAAAGAGAGGACAGAAAACAAGAAGGAAAAACACUUCAGCUCACUUUCUUCCUAUGGUAGUCAUGUCAUAGAUGAACAAACUUUUUUUGACGCAGUUGAACCAAAGGCUGUUAUGUCAAGAAUAUUUGGUAAUUCUCUUAAAAGGUAGAUGCGGAGAAGUAGCACAGACAUCUGCAUGUUUGAAAUGAGAGCAGGGGAAGCCUUUGAAGGUUUUGUACUUAUUGCUGGCACACGAAAUACCUUUAUUUAGUUCGUUGUCAUAUCUUAUAAUCAAAAUGAAGCUGGAUCAAAGGGGAUGGAAUUUAUUGCCAGUGUGAACUUUUUUUUUUUUUUUUUUUAAUCACUGCAACAGACCUUGAUGGACAUAAGAUAAUCUGUUGCGUGAUCUUCAUGGGGAAUGCUAUUUAUGGAAUACUAACUCUUAUCAAAGUCCUUAAUUGCUCAUUCAAGCCUAAUGAUUCAAUGAACAGUUAGACACAAAAGCAUUUACUGGAAGCACUUGGGUCAUAUGCACAAAUAAUGACAUUUCUGGAGAAGCCUUGUGGAUGAAUGGAUAGGAUAAGCAAAGUAGUGUAUAACUGUUCUAACAAAAUGAAUAGUAUGGUUUUCUUGUAUGUCCUAAAUUCAUUUCUCUUUAUUUCUCUCUAAGUUAUUUAUUUAAUAGGAUGUUAAAUAUCUUUUUUAUUUGAAAUGUUUCCUCAUUUGCUUCUUUCUUAUUUUCCCUUUUUCUUAGUACUUCACAGAGAGGUUGAUAGAUUAAAAUGUCAGAACCUCAGAAGUACUCAGAGAAUUAAACAAGGCUUUAAAGGCAGAAUUUAGAGUGUAUAUUCCAUUUUUUUCCUAAACUGUCUUGCACUUAAGCAUAAGACCAAACAAGCAGUGCUUGGAUUUAUGGUAUUGAGUGUCUUUAUAUUGGAGAAUUUUUUUUACUUAUCAGCACUCACGAAGAACCUUCAAGAAAAAUUUUGUUCAAAGGGUCUUUCUGCUAUUUUGAAAUUGAGAGAAGGAGCCACAUCUGUACUUGGGUGUCAAUGCAUCUGUGUGUAUAUUCACCUGACUUUGAUUUCAGUUUGGAGCUAGGAUCUAACACACUGCUAUCAGUGUGAUAUUCUGCAGCACACACUGGGCUGGAACCCUGAUGUGGUCAGCCCUGUUAAAAUCACUGAGACUGCGAGCGUUGAAAUAAAACAGUAGUGUGUAAUUCCGAAGUGUAACAUUUGGCCACUGAAAGGUAAGCAAGAAGGCAACACAGUCCUGCACACCUUAUUCAACUGAUAUCCUCUUUCAACCCAUUUGCCUUUGGUACCAAGUUGAAGAGCCACAGGCAUAAAGUGGGAGUGAUAUCUAGCUAAGGGCUGCAAGACCAAAAUCAUCCUCGUGGGAUCCAAAAUCAUGCUCAUGCAUUUUUCAGAGAUUAUUACUCACGUGUAUAUUAUAUACGAGAGCCAACUGAAAAGCUGUGCUGGUUUCCAGCUUUAGCAUGCCUUUCAUAACCAUCACAGUAACUGAAGGCUCAAAAUACAUAAUAUCCAGCACAUUUUUAUGAAGUGUUACUCGUCCCGUGGCUUAACUUGAGCAACUGCAGUAUAAUAAAAGUUAAGCAUAACAUGAAGUCUGUUCAAUUAAAAGUACAUAAGGUUUGUUUUAUAUUUUGCUUUACUCAGUAAUUUUAGAGAGCUCUGGAUAGCUCACCAGUGUAACCAUAUUGAGAUUCAUUUUGUUAGAGCAGAUAAAUAGAAAACAGUACAUCAAACAAUUUGUACCACUGUCUUCACAUUGUAUUCCACUAAAUAAAUAAAUAAGCCUUUGCAGUGUCUUUAGUACGAAACAAAAGUAGUAUAAUAUUAUUUUGUUUUAAAUACUUUAACUGAUAACUAUAAGAUUAUAUUGAUGCUGCAGUUUAUCUUCAAUAUUUCUCGUUGUGAAAAAGUUGGUUUUAUUUUUAUUGUUUGGAGACUGUAUUUUGGUACAAAGGAGAGCCUUGCUUAAUGUGUCUUUUUGAGAAUGUUUAACCUCUAUAAAGGCUGGUGUUGUUGGAAUCUUCUAUAACUUAUUUAAGUCAAUGUUUAACCAGCACUUCAAUCUUAAUCUGUUAUUUAAAUAUUAGCUGUUAAAAAAAAAAAAAAGAAAAAAAAAAGCUUUCCCAUAAAAUACAAAGUGGUCAGAUUAUAUUUCCUGUCCUUAAAUAAAGUCAGCUGUUUUAAAACUAGGAAUUUAUUGAGAGACAACAUAUUUUUAGUUGAUAGCUGAUGUUGUAUUUCAUGGUACUUUAUCUCCAGUUUUCUUCUUUCAAAUGACAUUUUUCUAGAAAGAGAAAUAAGAAUUUCAAUUUUUAAAUGUAAUUGCAGCUCACAGCAAAAUUUAACUACCAUGAUAAAAGUUAGUCUCUGUUGUUUAAAUUUGCAAUCAGUAAUUAAAACUGACAAGACAUAAUGGACCACCCGUACUGAACCUUCAGUAUGAGUUGGAUGAAUGCAGUAUUGAAUGACGACUUAAAGAACAUUUAGGGUACAAAUGAAAUUCUCUUCUUACAGACUUACCUAGAUGACUUUGUCAGGGGAGGAUUAUACAUAAAUAUUAUCAUAGUACUCAAAACACCAUGCUGCUCAAAUGACAAGAUCAGGAAAUAUCACUUUCCCAAAGUGAGCCAGGAGCCAUUUGUGACAUGAAGAGUGGUUUCUGAAAAUUAACCAAAAUAAAAAACCCUUUUGAAGGAAUCAAUGAUUCCUGUGUGUUUGGUAUACUGUAACGCCCACUAUAGUGGGAGCAAACUGCAGAUAUUAGAGUAUCCCAGGUCCUCAACCAUAAGCUCUGUUUUCUGUCACCCUGAGCAUAACAGUCUCCUGAGUAAAAGGAAAACAGGGGGAGGGGUUUAGAAAAUAAAAGGGAUACCAAAAUCACUGAGCAACAAUGUAUAGUAUGUUAUAUUUAAAUAAAAUAAUAAAAUGUGGGGAUUAGAGAAUAAAAGUAUUGCCUUUGUUUGUUUUAUUAACCUAAAAUUGUACUGCACAAUAAAAAUAAAAAAUUAA